AUGGUAGGAGAACUUUCCUCUUUUCUAGGUUUACAGAUCAAACAGAGAAGUGAGGGUAUAUUUAUAUCUCAAGAGAAGUAUGCCAAGAACGUGGUCAAAAACUUUGGUCUGGAUCAAUGUCAACAUAAAAGGACUCCAGCAGCGACACAUGUUAAAGUUACUAAAGAUGUUAAUGGCACAGUAGUAGAUCACAAACUGUAUAGGAGCAUGGUUGAGAGUCUUCUAUAUUUAACGGGAAGAAAACUUAACAUUGCCUAUGCUGUUGGUAUAUGUGCUCGAUUUCAGUCAGAUCCUCGCACUUCUCAUUUGACCGCUGUUAAACGAAUUCUCAAAUAUGUACAUGGGACGAGAAAAGCACUUCUGAAGGUUGUUUCUUUGUAG